GUAGAUACUCUUUCGCCAAUUCGAUUGCCUCAAACAUAAUCUGAAAAUGUGAAACAAAGAGCUAUGGGUUGUUUAGACUGCAAUAUAACAUAUAAAGCGGAUAUGGUGUUGGUGACACAAGCUCACAGUACUUUGCUAGAACAUAUGGAUAUAUUAACUGAAUCCAAAAAGUUGUACCAUGACAAUGUGGUGACAGGAGAAAAGACAACCUCAGAAACUAUUGAGUUUGGAGCUAAAGCUUCAAAUUCUGAUUUAAUCAGCCGACUCAAAAACAUCGAGACCACAAUUUCUGAACUUCAAAUCACAGAUAAAAAGAUUGAUGAUAAUAUUUCAGAACUUACAGAAUGGAGAGAAAGAUCAAAAUUAAGACAAAAUGAUGAAAAUUUAAAAAUCGAAAAACAAAACCAGACAUUUGAAAACAUGAAAAAGCAGCUAAAUGAACAAGAAAACACAAUAAAGGAACUGAAUAAAAAAAUUAAAAGUUUUGAGGAAAAAGAACCAGGUGCAAAGAAAGCACUAGAGAAUAUGUAUCUAGAAAUAAGAGAACAUGAAAUGAACUUACGAGACUUAAAUGAAAAUAUGCAAGUUCUAACAGAUAAGGCCGAUAUGUUAACACAAGAAAUCAAAAGUAGGUCUGAUUUUCAAGAACACAAGAGUACAGAGAGUGCAAUUUCUAAGGUUAGACAAAUGCUUUUGAAGCAAAUCCAGGAAGAAAGGAAGGCUAACAUAGGAAACAAAGUCAUAUGA